CCAAAACGGAUUUGUGCCCAUAUUGACCCGUGUAUAGGACAAAAAUGUACAAAACACAUUUUCAGCGAUGGGGGUUUCGAAAGAACCUGAAAGCGAGCGAGGGGAAGGUAUUCGAGGCUCAGGCCGUCGCUGGAGAAGAAAUUAAUCUUCCUGUCGCGUACGGCCGUAGACUUGGAUCUAAACGACUCAAGUCUCGGGCUCUCAGAUCAAACAAACAGUCAUCUGUAACGGUGGCAUUGUCUCCCUUACGGCCAAUUGAUGCUCCAGACCGUCUACAUUUAGCAGAUAACUCACUGCGAGCCGUCGCGGCAUAUGUAAACUCGCGCUGCGAUCACUGGAAAUCGGGGCAUUACUCACAAUGGAAAACGGAGACAGGAAAUUGGCAACAAAAGAUGGAUCUCGCAGCUUGGCAAAUUUCUGAGGGUCAGGACAUGGCCUCAAGCUUCCAAAUCCUCAACAACGCGUGCGAUGAAUAUAAGACAAUCCUACUAAUGCAAGAGCCAGUAUUAUUGUGGGCAACAUAUGAUGCCAUUCUCCAGCUCUUGAAGGUUGAUCCCAAUCUAGCAAGACCAUUCAUCAAACUCGUCACCGGAUAUUGUUCAGUAUGCUUUGGGGGGAGUCACCCUCUGACAAUACUCUGGAAUAGUGUAUCGCGGAUGGAAGUGGAUGAUAUAUCUUCGUUAGCCCGACCUCUUAUAGACGUGCAGUCCAACCAUUUCCGUGACGAAGCAUUAUCCAACAACUAAGCGCGAAGAAGAUGCACGAUCUCAUUUUCGCAUCCCCCGAAAUUACUCUUCGUAAACUCAAUGUUUGUAUCGAAUGGAUCCAGGAAUUAGACACCAACGUGAGCACAAAUAUCGCACUAUUUGGAUCGCACCUUAUGGAAAC